AUGGGGCCUCCAGCAUUUAGCCCCAGGUCCUCAGCAUUUCUUCCCCGCCCCGCCUGCUCCGUAGACCAUUUGCAGGUCCUGUGUGAUGACCAGGGCGCCGCCCUUGCUGACCCACCUCUGUGCUCCCAUAGGACCGCCCACGCGAGAGCCAAAGCCGACGCCGCAGACCAGGCCGCGCUGGCCGCCCGCCAGGAGUGUGACAUCGCGAGAGCUGUGGCCCGAGAGCUGUCGCCUGACUUCUACCAGCCAGGCCCAGAUUAUAUCAAACAGAGAUUUCAGGAAGGUGUAGAUGCUAAAGAAAAUCCCGAAGACAAGGUCCCGGAAAAGCCCCCCACACCAAAGGAAUCACCUCACUUCUACCGCAAAGGCACCACACCCCCAGAGUCUCCUGAGCCAAGUCCCAGAGAAGGCCGCUCUCCCUCCCCGAAGCCCGCAAGGAAGCAGAACCCCAGUUCAGGGGCGAGACUCAACCAGGACAAACGCAGCGCGGCUGAGGAGAAGGUGACGGCCACUGUCAACAAGCCCUUGGCCUCCAAGGCGCCCCCGAAGGAGGUGGGGGCGGCCAUGCCCUCCUCCAAGUACUCUGGCCGCCACCACAUCCCCAACCCCAGUAACGGGGAGCUGCACUCUCAGUACCACGGGUACUACGUGAAACUGAACGCCCCCCAGCACCCUCCGGAGGACACGGAGGAGGAGGGGUCGAGCCAGUCUUCCUCGGCACUGGUGCACAAGCCGUCACCCAACAAGUGGAGUCCCCCGAAAUCUGUGACAAAACCAGUUGCCAAAGAAAGCAAAGCUGAGCCAAAAGCUAAGAAGUCUGAACUUGCUAUACCAAAGAACCCAGCGAGCAGCGAUGCGCGCCCUGCUUUGGAAAAAGAAGCCAAUUCAGGCCCUAAUUCAAUCAUGAUCAUCCUCGUCAUGCUGUUGAAUAUCGGGUUGGCCAUUCUUUUUGUUCACUUUCUAACUUGAUUGGAAUUAGGAAAGGUAAGAAUAGCCUUAAUUUCUAUAUAAAAUCACAAUCUAUCACAUUCUUUUCCCCUAUUCAGAUUUACAUUUUUUUUUUUUAACAACCGUGCAUUGUCCUUCAAUUUAAUUUUGGCUGCGCCUGAAUGUGAUUCAACAUAGUUACUUAAUGAUAUCACUGUUUUGACCCUUCGGUGAAGUCAUGACAACUAAUGGUGUGAGCCCACGGUCCUCUGCAGUGGUGUCAUCAGCCCUUUAAAUGGCACACUCCAGGCAGACUCAGACACAGGGAAGGAGGCUUGGAAUUAGGAUGGGCUCACGAGAGAGAGAGAGAUGGAAAAUUCAGCCGGAGGACCUGUCCGGUCCCCCCUGGGAAGGCGUUGUGGCUGUGGGGUCCUCUGGGAGCUGAAGCAGGCAACCGUGUUGGAGAGCAAAACUUAAUAAUCAUUCUUUCUUAACAUCUGCUGAAGCAGCCCCAUCCGGCGAAGUGCUUGGCAUUGGCUACUCCAUCUGUCCUAGCAGAGUGUGACUAAACUGGAGAUAUAUGGAGCUGCUUUUUUUUUUUUUUCUUUUUUUGACGGAAGUCAACAGCUGCCUUACUAUUUUACCAUCUGACGUUGCUAGUAGGGAGCUGGGGAAACAAACGACCGCCCUAGGAAUGCGGUUGGAGGAUUGUGUUGCUGCGGCCAUGGUUCCAACAUUCACUCCAGUCUCAGUAGAGGAAGUAGGCAGCAGCAUCACUCACCAGUCUUAUGCUACGACCUGCUGCUUUCUCAUCUCCUGGAACGUCCCGGGAGAGAAGGUUUUGUCGGCUUGUGCACGGUUCUGUUCAUUUCUGCUGUUUACUUAAAUCUGAUGUGUGGUCACCUACAGUGUGCGGUCCUGGCCGGAGGAGGCACAGAUGUCGCAUCUCGAGGAAAAGAAAACAACAGAAUUCUAGAGAAAAUGUGUUUAUUUUGAUAGCAAUACAUCAUUCUUCGUGUCAUGUUUAGUCUUCCUAAACCUGUAAAAGGCUAUUUAAAAUUUAGCAAUUUGAAGGCAUUAUACCUAAGAAAUCACUUAAACAUUUUUAACACUACUGAGAUGAAUUUAUUUAUGCACUUCAGAGGUGCUAAAUUUUAAAAGCUGAAAGACAACAGAAUUCUAAGAAGUAUAGUCAAAAUGUUGCAUGGGUUGCAGUAAUCAGUGUUCAAAGGAUUCAGUUUCAUUGCUGACGUACUUUAACCACCAAAUAAAAUCUUGUCAGUGGCUAUGUUAAUUCCCAUGAAAGUUAAGCAAGAUGCUAUUAAUAACUGCUCUUCUCUUUUUUUGUUCCACAACUUACAAAUUUUCAUUGAAUACAUUCAGGUAGAGCAUAAAGCUUUGUUCAAUCAGUGCUUCUCAAUUUUAUGCCUUUCGUGUUUUUCAAAGUCCUUUUGUAAUUUUAUUUCACACUUUAAAGGCGUAGACAAUUUUUAAGUAUCUGUCUUUUGCAGUCCUUUGUUAUUCUGACAUAAAUGGAUUUUUUUGCUGUUUUAUAAUUUAUUCUUUAUUACUCAGAAGCAUGCUUAUUUAGAGAAACUAUGUGGGCUUUAUAUAAUUAUUUAAAAAGAAAAUCAGGGGAGGAAAGUUAUCCAUUCAAUCUUGGUAAAAUAUUGAGGAGAGGGAGCUAUUCCUAAGUAUUUUCAUGAUCUGCAUGGUUUAAUCAGAUUCUUCUUACCUUAUUUGCUACCGUUUUGAUGCAGAAGAGAGAAGUCAUAUGUUAGCACAGAUGUGGACUGAAUGUCACCUGCAGGGUAGUAACCCAGUGGUGUUUUUUGCAGAAGUACAAUAUCUUGAAACUCCUGGGUGUGACCAAUAUGUAAUAAAGAAGAAAGCAGAAAGAGAGCAAAUGAAAAUUACAACUUGUAUAUUUAUUUUUUACAUUUUGCUUUGACUUUUAAAUCUAGGAAGUACAUUUUUACCCAAGAAACGUUUCAGUUCCUGUGUCGGUCUCCAUACUCUCACUGCUCCAUCCUAACCCCAUAGCUCUUGAUGCUGGGAAAGCUGAUUUUUUAAAAAAAAAAUGAAAUAAAAUAUUUAAUCUUAAGUGUUUAUUUCAAAUGUGUAAUGCUUUGGAAAUAAUGGGUAACAGAUAAUAAAGGAUAUGUUUAUAAAGUGAGCAUGUUGGUUCCAUUUAUAAAUAUAUGUAUGAUUUAUAAGCUUUUUUAAAACAAAGCUCAAAUUGUCGGUAUUUUUCUAAAAUGUGCACAGCUGUAUUUUACAUGAAAGGCUCUUUCUAAUGGGUUGUUAUACUGUACUCUACAUUUUGGACAGCACAUGAAGUCUGCCAAUGUACUUAAUAAAACAUGACUUUGUUUAUUUAAAGUUUCUUGCUGUGAAAAAGAACUCCCUACCUGCGAGUUCCGUUAUUUAUAAUCCUUGAAACCAAAAUGUAUAAUGUACAGUUUUCACAACUGUAUCUGCUCUAAUAAAAAAAAAAGUUGGUUAUUAA